CGAUAUCUAAGCGAAACAGCGGUGUAAGAAAACAGCUGAAAGUAUGAUCACUUUUUAAUAUCCCAUGGUGUUUUGACAAUGUUCGUUUUUGCUAUUGUAAAGUGAUUGGUAAUUUCUGAAGGAAACAGUGGCAGUCAUGUUGUAACGUAGAGUUACUGUGGCAACUAAAGAAUUGUUUUUCAUCGAAUCGCAUCGGUGUCUGAUAGAACCAUGAACUGGGAUGAGACCAAUAUCAUACACACUUGUGCACCAACUUAUGUUGUUAAUUCGUUUCAACGAGGGCAGUGAGGAUACUCUGACGUAAGAAGAAAAACACAACGAACGUCAAUGAUUCAGAUCGGGUGCAGACUGUGGAACUUGAGCAUUGUGAGCGUGCUCAUCCUGACGUUCUCAAACAUCCUCCUGACUGUGCGACUGUUACACUCGACGGAUUGUUCUCGGCAAGAGGCUCCUCCGUCCGAACCAUUGCGUCUGCAGCAGCAGCAGUUCAAAGACAGUCGAACUCCAGGGCAGAGCCACGAGUCGUCGCCGACACCACCACACUGCAAAGUAGCGAACUCGACCACUGGACCAACAGCCACUGUCACAAACGGCACUGUCUUCCGUGUUGACCUGCGCCUAGGACGCUGGGACUCAAGACAUCUCUACAAACUUUAUGACUUUGCACUUCCUGGAGAUCGGUAUGCCGAAUUGUCGGAGAAGUAUUCGGUGUGCCUUGCAACUCAGAGUUCUUUAGAGAAGCUCCAGUCUUUGGUGCAAGUGGCUCAUCAUUGGACAGGCCCCAUAUCUGCAGCGGUGUUCGCCGCGGGUGACGAGUACUCUCUGGUACAGCUGUACGUUGCUUUCUUGAGACGUUGUUAUCCUGUGGUGCGUGAUCGAGUUAGCUUCCAUUUGGCAUAUCCCAAAGAUCGUCCACCUUCACAGAUUCGUCCAGAUUUCCCAUCGAGACCUAAAUUGGACUGUCGUAGACCUGAAGCCGCCUUAUCAGGACUAGUACGACUUCGAAAACCGGAAACGGUAAAGUGGAGAAUAAAGGCUGCUUAUCCGCAAAAUCAUUUGCGGAAUCUAGCUCGACGAAAUUGUCAGAGUUCGUAUGUCUUCCUCACUGACGUUGAUAUAAUUCCGAGUGCAAAACUGACCGAUGGACUUGACGUGUUUCUUAAGAAUGCGAAGUGUAAAAGUUUGUGCGCCUACGUCAUUCCGACGUACGAGCUGGACGAGAGGGUGUUGUUUCCUCGCAAUAAAACUGAUCUCAUCCGUCUGGCAAGGAAAGGGCUGGCCAGACCUUUCCACCACAGGGUGUUCAUCUACAAUCAAUUUGCGACCAAUUUCUCUAGGUGGCAGGCGACUGCAGGUAGAGAAGGGGAGGCCGUUCACGUGAAUCAUAACGUGACCAACUUCGAGUUCUUGUAUGAGCCAUUCUAUGUUGCGCCCGACACAGUUCCAGCCCACGAUGAGCGCUUCAUCGGCUAUGGAUACACGAGAAACACACAGGUGUACGAGAUGUUUGUUGCUGGAUAUCAGUUCCAAGUGUUGUCUCCGAUCUUCACCUGUCACUGGGGGCUUCAGAACAAGAAGGGACGCCCUUCCUGGAGGGAAAGACAAAACAGUAUGAAUCGUCGCCAUUUCGAAACUUUCAAGAGCGAAGUGUUUGCACGUUACCGCAAAGAUCCUUUGAAGAUGUUGGGUUCUAAGAAAACAGGACAGAAACGUGAACGUGUCAUCAGAUUGUCUCAUAACCUGGAAACCGGUUUCAUGAGAUUGUUGGUCCUGAAGACUCAAGGGACGUAUUUAGUUCUGUUUAGACGCAGCACACACGAUGUCUUUCCCGCCAAUUCUGUCGUGACAACGAUGUAACAUUGCGUGUUCUUAAGAUCUUUUUCUGGCUUACUUUCGUCAUUAUCCCUAUGGGAAAGACACUAAAAAGUUUUCUCAUGCAUAUUUUUAAUUAACUUUCUAAGAAUCAUUACUGUGAAAAUUUUGUACAUAAUUUUAUGACCUCAAUUUUUAAUUGUAUGCUUGCAAGAUUGUCAGUCAGAACUUUAAAACUGCUUCUGUGCCAUCAGAUUUUUACUAGGCCUGUGCUUCUAGUUUUUCUCACUUAGAUAACCAGCGUAAAAUACUUAAUUUACUAUGAUUUAUUACAUACUUUUACGUUAUUUGUAGAAACCAUUUUACGGAAUAAAAUACGUCUGACAUUGUGAUAUAGCAAGAUAA